ACAAAAAGUAGUACCCAACCUUCAUGAUCGUCUAAUCCCUCAAGAAUUUUCAUUGAUCAAUGUUUUGAGCUGUGAGGGUAUAUGUUUAAUUUUGAGGUGUUUUAAAUUAACUUAUUAUAUUUUGAAAGUAUUUAGUACCCUCCGGUACUAAACUUAAAUUGGGAUGUAUUUAAGGUUUAACUUUUUAUCAUUCUGUGUUUUAAUUUUUCUUGGGAUUGCCCAUACGACUGCGGAAGAUAAGAAGCCAGAAGCAAACUCAUUGUGGUCAAGUCCUAAGGAUGAGAUCUACAUAGAUGAUGAGGCUCUGGAAGGUUCAGGUAACAGGGAGGUAAAGGAUGACCUAGAGUCCAGUGGCUCAGGCUACGGGCCUGAUGAUGAAGACACAGACUCAGAGGAUCAUGAUGGCAGUGGAACAAAUACAGGUGUUAUUGGUAGUGGACACAAGUCCACACCAUCCAAAGUUCCAGAAAGCUCCAUAGACAAGGAACCAGUUGUUCCAAGAAAAGAAGUGACCAAUGUACACUCUGUGAAUACAAACAACAUCGGCAGCCCCGACCUGAGCAACGGUGACAAUGACAGCACCGAUGACGGCCCCAAUGGCAACGAUGUGUACAUCAUGAACGCCAAGCACGAAGAGAGAGCCACCUCCUUCUUCGCUCAACCGGGCAUCUUGGCAGCCGUGAUUGGCGGUGCAGUUGUGGGCCUUCUCUGCGCAAUCCUCGUCGUCAUGUUCAUCGUCUACCGGAUGCGCAAGAAAGAUGAGGGCUCCUACGCCCUGGAGGAGCCGAAACGAUCGCCAACUGCCAACUCCUACACCAAGAACUCUAAUAGGGAAUUUUAUGCCUGAAUCAUCCGUACUAAUUUUAUUUUCUACCCACGUUCAGCAAUGAAAUUUUACUACAUGGUAACUAAUGUGCAUGAUUUUGGUAUCUAUCACGCCGCGUCGACUGUUAAGUGAGGACUCGUGUCAAUCUGCAUUUACCAGUCGACGACUACUAACAUUGUAUAGUUGUAAUGCACGGAAUCGUCCAGCCGCUUAGCUCUCUAUUUACGACACAUUCCUUCCUCAUUGUGACUGCUUGUACAUAUAAAUGUUAGCUGUACCUCACCCCCUUCCCUCUUGUGCGACACUACUAUUGCCCGUUUUGUAAUCAAAUAAACAAUCUCUGUCUUUGUCACAUGUAUUAUAUUGUACUCCAGUGUGUGGUCAGUUCCGUGGAAUUUCCUCUCACUUUCUCCCUUUACUUUUCCGACCUUACAAAUAUAUUUUUGUAUCUCACCUCCGGAUGCGUUGGACGAAGCACAAAGCGAGUGUAGGCAGUGAUACGACUUGUACAUAUUCGUGUUGUAUUGCGAUAUUUCCGUGUAGGCCACUCCUCCACCUUCCCGUAGUUCUGUACAUACAAACACGCCUUACAGUUCUGGCGUCAGUCCAUUAUAUGUAUAUAAUCGUAUUUACUCAAUAUAUUACUCAUAUUAAUAUAGUAAAGCGACCUAUAUUAGAGAUAUCUUCAUUCCUGUCAUUCAUUCCUUAGGUGGAAAGUCACGAUCUGUAGUUUUCCUUUGAAUCUCAAUUUUUUAUUAUAUAUUUAUUUACUUGUGAAUUUUUUCGAGUUACUUAUUUCCAACUUUCUGUUGAAUUUAAAAUUAAAAUGAUUCCGUAUAGCAUUUAAAUACCAGUUAAAAUUAAAUUAUAUAAUAUAUUUAUAAGAAAAUAAGAUUUUUAGUUGGAGUUUCGGAUAAAUCUUUCAGGUUACCUUUAAUAUUUUUAAUGAAAAGCAAUUUUGAAAACGUUUGUACUGAACGUGGAAAAUUUUCAUUAGAUUUUUAGAUUAUUUAACUUAUUUUUCAAAUCUAAGAGAACUAAAAGUAAAUGAAAUUGGUCGUGACUUACUACUUAUUCCUCAGUUCUGCAUUACAGACCUUGCACAGAAAGCGUUGAUCGCUUAACUUUACGAACCAAAACACCGAGCAGCAGGGUCUCUGUCUUGUUUAAUUUAUUUAUUAUUGUUAUUCUAUUAUUGUGCCGUGAUCAUCUAUUCACUAGAUGAACUACGUGAAUGGAUGUUAUUUAGUAGUAAUAUUUAGUGAGUAGUAUUUUUAACUCUAUUCGUAUUAGUUUAUGUAAACUAGCAGUUUUUUUUAAUCAUUAGCAUUUAUUAACAUUCCUUUGAAAUUUUAUUGUCAUUGUUGAGUAUUAAUAUUAAUAAUUCAUUGUGUUCAGAAUAUUAAAUCAGAUAUCACAACAAUAAUAACGUCCAUGCCAGAUGCCGUACUAGGUACCUGUACCUAAUAGAAAAUAUAAUUUCAAUAAAAAGACUUAUGCAUAUAGUAAAUAUGAGAUUUUUGCUUGUAAUUCUAAGUUACCUGCAUUUACUGGCAUUUCCCAUUAACUUAUUGUUUGGAUUAGAGAUGAUUGAUAUGAUCGAUAUGACUUAAUUCUACCUGUGGCCAUAUAUUAUAUAUAAUAUGCAUAUGUAAGUUUUCAUAUAAUUAUAGAUACACACAUUCUCGAUAUUGUUUGAUAAAAAAAAAUGGAAUUAGCAUAAUCAGUCGUUCUUCCUCGAUAUUUAUAGUUGAAGUUUUGUAUUUAAUGUUGAAAAUAUAAAGUGUGUCUUUUAUUAUUAUUGUAUGUAUUGGUUUUAUUACUUAAAUUUAAGUGUUAAUUUUGAUACACUAUUACAGAUCUGUUGAUCAGUAGAUGUUUUAGUUGAAUAAAUGCAGUUUAGCAGUCUGGCUGGCUAUCGCACAUAAAGGGCAUGUUUAUUUUGUUAGAUAACAACGGCACAAAUGUUAGAUCCCACCUCCUGGUUUUUUCAAUCAUCUCUACUUGUAAUUAACCAUGUAUAACAAUAUUGGAUGUACUAUUAUGGAUUAGUUUUGUCACCAAGAAUUAAAUAACUCUUUUUAGA